GGCAAUCCAACUGCAUCAGGACGUGCACCAUUCCAACGCAGCAGCGCCUACGACGAGGAGGGACGUCUGAUCGACUAUGGAGCUGCCGGUGCAGCGGGCGGAGCGACUGGCGCUAUGGUCGAUGCCCGUUCGCGCAGUCCCAGCAUCUUCUUGGAGCCACCCUCACCAGAUCCGACACAUGCACACUUUGGUCCCGGCUGGGGUCGACCCAUGUCGCCCAUGGACUUGCCACCUGAGUGCUCCGCCAGCAGCGUGGCCAGCAAAUCGCCGACGAGCAGCAAGUCUCGCUUGCGACCCAAGCUGCAUAUACCACUGGGUCGACUCGGACGUUCCAGCUCCUCGGACACGCGUGAGCGUGAGAGCAACCGCCUGCGCGAAGAUGUUCAUGUGCACGUCGAGAAUCCGGUUUUCAGCAGCGAGAAUCUCCGCCAGAACAACUUCGAUGCAUUUUUUGAGGCACGCGAACCGGUCAUCAAGCUGCAGCCCCGCACACCGAACACAGCGACGCCGGAUGGACGCAGCUACUCGCCGCCGCUGGAGAAGUAUGCGGGUGUUUACGACUCGCCGCGUACGCGCAGUCCGGCUGGCAGUGCCGGCGGCGGCGGUGGCGGACUCUUUGCGCGCUCACCGCGGGAGGAUCGCGAGCGUGCGCUCAAUGCGCGCUCCCGCAGCGCUGAUAAUUGGGAUGACGCGGGUGGCGGAGCGUUGGGCGGGGCGACGGGCAGCAGCAGUGCUGGUGCUGGUCGGGCUGGUGGCGGCGCGCACUCCAAAGGUGACAGAUUCUUUGGGAAAAUCUUCAAGUGGUCGAAAAAAUCGUAGUUUCUUCGGGUGGAGGGGACCACGCGGUGGUUCCCUUAGCCCACAGGGCAGCAUGGCGUCCUACAAUGGUGUGCUCAAGGACUACAGUCACAGCAGCUUGAACGAGGCUUUCAAAUCCCAAAACAAUGUCAACUUUAAGUUAAUUAAAACAGUAUCCGAUUUCAACGAAUCACUCUCCCAAUUGUAUGAGGAACAUGCAACUGCCCUUCAAUCUUUAGUAUCCAAUUAUCGCAAGAAGAAUGCCGAGCUGCGCAAGGAACGACCCGCCUGCCAUCUGGCCAUCUUUCAGGCAUGGGAAACAUUCCUGCAGGAAGCGGAAACCGACUCGCAGGCCUGCAACGAUGUUGCCAGCGUCCUCAGCCGCCAGGUAUCUCGGCCCAUGCUGGAUAAAUCCUUUCAUCGCAAAGUUCAAAGUCGCAAAAUCUUUACGCACAGGGAGUCUUUUGAGACUAUAAUCGCAAAGACUGAAGAGAAGCUGUCAAAGUGUCGCCUGGACUACAAGCAAUGCCAUCUGGCACAUAGGCAAAAUCCCAGCCAACACUCGCUGACCGAAUAUAUCGAUGCGCACAAUGCGUACGUGCAGCAACUGCAUGCUACGAAUGGCAUGCUGGAGGCCUAUCAUUGCGACACAUUGCCCCAAUUGAUGCAGGAGCUGGAGGAGAUACACAACGACCUAUGCAACAUUGUUUCCGAUUCGUUGCAACAGGGCGCCGAUGUAAUUGCCGCCAAGGCCACGGAACAGUCGAGGCGCUAUGGCUGCUUGGCCAGCCAGUGCAGCGCCGUCUUGCCACAGCAGGAUCUGGUGAACUUUGUGCGUUUGCUGGCGCAACCAUCGCAGGCACAGAAGGUGCCACGACGCGCCUUUGCUCCACCUCAAGCACAGCAGCCGGGCGAAACGGCCGACGAGGCAGCUGACUAUAAUGAGAUGACGCCCAUUUUGCGCAACGAGCUCGUCUUUGACCGACACUCAACGCUGUCGCAACGUUCCGCACUGGAGUCGCUUAAGCGUGAGUCUAUUGAAUUGGAAUUGCAAAUACGUCAGCUGCAGGACUCCAUUGAUGCGCUGAAUCGCACACAAGCACGCGGCAUUGAGGGUCAGCUGUACAACAAGGUUAACGAGCUCCAGGAGGAUUUAUCCAUGAAGAAAUUCGACUUGCGCGCCAAACAAAUACACCUGGCUGCCAUACGUGCACAGAAGGAGUUAUUCGUUAGCAAAGUUGAGCCAACUUCGCCGCGCAACGAACGCAAAUUCUCGGCCGCCACAGCGCCAUCGAUGAAAACAAAGUGGCUGAAAGCAUUUAAGAGCCUAAAGCCGGCGGGUUCUGGUUCAGCAACACAAGCAGAUAGCCAACAACCCCGACAAAAUCAAAUGUACCACGCCGUAUCAACCGUUUUGACCUUGAGGCGUAAUGGUGCCUCGAAUGCCCCAUCGGAAACGCUGCGCCCCAACUUGGAUGGCAGCCAUCAUUUGCAGGAGUACACAUACAAAAAGAUAACAGCUUGCGAUGUUUGCUCGCAAAUUUUGAGAGGCCACACUCGUCAGGGCCUGCGCUGUCGCAUCUGCAAGCUGAAUGCCCAUGGAGACUGUGCUCCAAAUUUGCCGCGCUGCCAGCCCAAGCAGAAGCUGCUGCGUCGCCAGAAGAGCACCUCCGAGCUGGAGAAUCGCGUUGAUAUCGAGGAAGAAACCGCCGACAAAUCCGUCCACGUGCCGGGCAAAACGCUGGACGCGAGCGCCGCUGGAACGGGAGUCGGAGUCGGAGUUGCUGCGCCCAGCACCGCUUUACAGCCGCUGCAACAGCUGCAGCCGGGCCUAGUCGAGCGUACGCUGCCCGUCGCCGAGAUACCCAUCGUCAAUGUGCCGGAGUCGUCGGCCCAGGAGACGCAUCAGGCAGCCCAUCAGAUACAUCAGAGCCAUCAGCGCAGUCUGGCAUCGGUGGCGCAGGCGGCGGCGGUGCGGGCCGGCCGUGGUGUCCGGCCACCGCCCGUGGCCAUGCCCAUUUUGGGCGUGCAGCUGCAACAACAGGAGCUGCAGCAGCAACGCGGCGGCCUGCCGGUGCCCACCCAAGAUAUCUCUAGUAGUUCAGCACCGCACUCUCCGCGCCGCCAAAAGCUGAAUUUGCGCAUGAAAUCGUUGAGCUUGGACUCACCUGAAUCGUCGGAGCUGCAUGGUCAGUUUAGACGCCGCCAGCAGCACUUGCCAGCAGCGGCAGCUGCAUCCACAUCCAGCGGCUACUAUCACGGCGGCUCGGGAGGCCAUCUGGAGCACAGUACUCCGCCGUCGAACAACAGCCGGCUGCACUCGCCAUCGAGCCCCUCGCAUCCGGGCCGCAAGCUGCUGUAUGCCACGCGCGGCAUGCGCGGCGGCAGCGUCGACUUGCCCGAUGAAAUGGAGAAGUCGCAGUCCUCGGCCAGCACAUCGCCUUGCCUAUCACCAAAAUCGCAUCGUUUGUUGCCCACCAAUUUGUACGUUAUACUCUACAACUUCAAGGCGCGGCAUGCCGAUGAGCUGGAUCUGAAAGCGGGCUAUAAGGUGACAGUCAUCGAUACCGCCGAUCCGGAUUGGUGGAAGGGCAAAGUGCUGGGACGCGUCGGCUUCUUUCCAUCCAAGUACUGCGUGCGUCUCAAUGCCAACGAGAAGCCAUUACAGGUGACACACAAUCUGCAGGUGUCCGACGGUGAGCGGGGCGAGAACAUGACCCUGUUACGCGACCAAAUAGUUAUACAGACUGGCGAUGAGGUUAAUGGCAUGGUCAUGGUGCGCUCGGCGGACAAUCGGCAGGGCUAUUGUCCCAUCAAGUAUCUGCAGGAGGUGUGACAGCCAGAAGAGGAAGAGCCGCCUGCAAAAUCAUCAAUGCAAACGUCGCGUGCCCCAGGCGCAGGCGACAAGACCAAGCGUAGAAUUAGAAUCGUAGUUACCGAUAAUAACAAUUUAGCUAGUAGCAGCUCUAUACCCAUUACCCAUGCACAAUCACAAACGCAAUCACAGACGCAAACAUCGCCCAGCCGCGAGACGAAGCGUCUGAACAUUGAGUACAGCGAUGCAGAUGGUGGCCUCAUCUGGGACAAGGACAAGGAUGUGCUCAUACUCUCUGGCCGCAACAAGAACGACAAGAACUGGGAGAACUGGGAGCGCAUACGCGAACAGAAGCUGGAGAAGAUGAAGAACAUUUGCUUCGAGAGCUAUCGACAGUCGAAGCGGGACAAACUCUUGCUGGCCAAGCCCAAGCCCAAGCAGCUGGACUCCACUUGGUAUACGGACAACAUUUACUCCAAUCGCUCCGAUGAUCUCGACGAAGACUACGUGCCCGACUGCCUCAAAUAUGGCAGCUAUAGCAACCGCAUCCUGCGCGACAUACGCGAACAGGACGAGAAGUAUGCAGACGAUGCGCUGCCCAUGCGUGAGCGCCGUGGCGAGGGCGAAGGCUCGCCCGGCUACGGACUGCAACGCUCGAAAAGCUGCAAGGAAUUUCAGUAUCCGAAAUCGCAGAGCUGCUGCUUCGAGGGCAAUGUGUUUGAGGCGGGCGGCCCAGGUGCAACAGCCACGACGUCCAUACUGAAGAAUCGCGCAGGCGUGCCCAAAUCGUACUCGUUUAGCGCCUCGACAAAGACCAUGCCCUUCGAUAUCAUUGACUACGAGCUGCCGCCUGCCUCGAACACGCGGCGAGAGAAGCGCGAGGCGUACAGACGCAGCAUGAACAUGUUGUACAGCAAUAGCCUGGACGAGCGGGCGCUGGCGCAUAGCUGCUGUGCGCGGGAGCAGUGCACCAGUGCCAAGUGCUUGCUGGAUGAUAUCUAUGCUGGGUCCAGGCGGCGGUUGGAUGCUUAUGGCGCCGGCGCCGGUGCCAGCGCUGGCAGCAACAGGAAUCUGAAUUUGAAUUUGAAUCGAAAUCUGCGCUCGCCCGCCGAUUGGCUGUUUGAGGAGCGCGCAGAGGCAGCAGAUCAUCUGCAUCAUCAACGGCUGGGUCGGGGUCAGCGCUUGCCAAUGGCCCCACCACCACCGGCUCCAGCCACCACCACAGUGAUCUGCUGCUGUGCGACAGAGGACUAUUGCUGCCAUCGCCAGCCUCAGCACCGGGCGACAAGGCGGCCGCACUGUCCGGGCCAUCAUCCGGCCGCCGAAGAGGAGGAGCAUAUGCAUUGCCGCUACGACACCGACCUGGAGCAGUUUAUACGCGCCGAGCGUGAACGUCUGCUGCUCCAAGACAAGUUCCUCGACGAGGACGAGCGCUAUUUGGCGCAGAGCCACAUGGCUAGUCCGGGCCGACGCUACGCUCUUUAUCCACGGCCCACGCGCAGUAAAUCGUUGCUGGAGGUGCAGCCGCCCAGCCUGUUCGACGAGGACAGCUGCUCGGACACGACAGAGAUUGAUCUGGAGGACUUCAAUAUCGACUUGGAAAAGUAUUGGGAACAGCUGGACAAGCCGCCCAGCCCCAUAAACAUGGACAUGCGACGCAACAUGCACAGCAAUUUGAAGGUGAAGAACGUGAACGUGCGCUGCUAUAACAACGGGCAGCCCAUUGACAUGCACGAUCGGGAGCACGAGCGGCUGAUGAUCAAGAAGUCGCUGCUGGAGGGCAUGCCGUCGCCGCCGCAGCUAGAUUCCAGUGGCUCCUCCAACAAUGCGACGGGCUUUACUUUUUUUGAGAAUCCCGCUGGUUCGCUGCACCACCAUCACCAGCAGCAACGACAUCAUGGCGUUGCAGCGCCACCAGCACCAGCUUAUGGCUACGGGGGCCAUAAGGUCUAUCCGACUGCGGACACGCUGCCCACGUAUCAGUAUAACAACUUCUAUCCGGAGCACACGACGCUGGGCAGCGUGCUCACCCAGCAGCCGACGGCGGGCAUACACCAUGCCUCGGCUGGCGGGCACUCGGCGCUGAGUUUGAUCAACAACAUCUUCUCCAUAUACAAGCCGAAUAAAUAUUCGCCCGAGAAUUGUCAGCUGAACUAUGAGAGCAAGCCGGAGCCGUGCAAGAAAAUGAAUGUGCCCAGCACCCGACGACCCUUGGGCGCCGCCUCCAGCAAUAUUCAGCAUGGCCACGAGUAUUUGCACUCGUCGAUGAAACGCCCGCUGCUGGUCAGCGCCGACCAGCCGCACUUCAAGAUCAUCCCAGAGAAGACGGGCCUCAAGAUCUCGCCGUUGCUGGCCUACGACGAAUACGGUGGCGGCGGAGAUAAGUCACAUCAGAGACUGACCAGCACGGCACGACCUUUGAUGCUUCCGCACUGAUGGUGCUGGACCUUUCCGUGGUAUGGUAAUGGUAAUUAUUGUUAGUUAUGCUCAUAGCGACUGCCGAGUAUCUCCAAAAAGGAUAACAACAAAAACUAAAAAGGAAACAAACAAAAAACCAACAAAUGGAACUAACCAAAAGACUCGCUCGACAAGCAGCAAAAACCGAAGGAAACAAAACAAAAACUUAAAACUGAAAACCAACAAAAAUCCAAACGCACAAAUUGGCCCCCAGUUAGAGUCCAGUGUACGUUCUUUUUUUUGGCGACUUGGGCUCGGGCUCUCAACUAUUGUGGUAGUGGAACCUCGUCUUCGCCCCGCCUUCCCCAUUUUACAGCCAGGUCGUUAAUGUUGAGGACUUUGUGGGAUAGAGCAUUGAAGCAUCAUCACAUCGUUUGUCUGACACUCAAUUUUCACAAGCGAUAAAAACUACCAACAGCCAACAACCAACAACCAACAACAACAAGAAACACCAUCACCAACAACAACAACUGCGCCAUACCAUUGGAAAAUAAAAAAAACUGAAGAAAGAGAGCAUCAGGAAGUGAAACGUCUUCGACACGUAGCGGACAUUGUAAGUUUUAGUAAGUAACGAGUAACAAGUAACGAGUAGGGAGUAGGGAGUAAGAAGUAGCGAGUAAGAAGUAAGAAGUAACGAGUAAAAACUAACUAGUCACGAGUAGCAAGUGCUGAAAAAGAAGUAACGAGUCACGAGUAGCAAGUAACGAGUUAGAUGUAACGAGUAAGAAGUGAGGAAGAAUUGUGUAACUUUUAACGAGUGACGCGUAACAAGUGAGAAGUAACGAGUAGCACCUGACGAGUUACAGGUUCCAAGUAACGAGUUAGAAGUAGCGAGUAACGAGUAACGACUAUCAAAUAAUACGUUAGUAACCAAUAACAAGUAACGAGUAGUCAGGCUUGAGUAAAAAGUUAUGAGCUACGAAUUUAAAGUAAAAAGCAACUAGACAAAUGUAACGAGUAACUUCCAACGAGUAGCUAGUUCAAAGCAACGAGUAAAAAGCAACAACUUCUAGCGAGUACUCGUUACUUACAUUAGAGGUGUCGACUUGCCCACAACAGCUAACGAGUAACAAGUGACGAUUAUGAAGUGACUAGUAACGAGUAACAACUUAUGGCUAACAAGUAACAAGUAACGAUUAAUAAGUAACUAGUUAGCAGUAUCGAGUAACAAGUAACGAGUAGUUUUUUUUCGGUUUUUUAAAUGAAACCAGUUUAUGAAAGAGCUGACACAGCAGCUUAGCUUUGACUUUGACACACGCAGAAACAUACACAAUACACCUACACACACACUCACACUCACACACACACUCACAUAGGCACAUAGUGACACGAACAAUUGUGCUUUUAAAUCGCUUGAGAAAUCGCCGCAUAUAGUUAAUAUAGAAUAAGCAUGCAUGCUAUAUGUAUGUUAACACUAAUUUUUCGAGCAACUUUUAAGCAAUCAGCAGCGUAUACUAUAUAUAUAUAUAUAUUGUAUAUGUGCGAUAUAUAUAUAUAAAGAGAGAAUACUUCUAGGUUAGCUUAAGUCAUUCAUAUCCGUGUUUCACAUUGUAUUUAGUGUUGAAAGCGACAGCAUCUUGUAUACCCUCUAAUACAACCUUGUAGCAGCUAAGCAGAUUUUAUUACUACAAACUAUUUGAAGUGGAAGACGACGAAGAAGAAGAGGAGGAAAAACCAAAAUGAUUUGAGACAAAAUGUUUUUAUUGCCACAAAAUUUUUCUAUUUUUUAUACCAAACAACUUUGAAUGCAAAAACUAAACAUAAACAAAGUUAAGCUAAAUAAAAGAAAAAAUUAAGUAAAACCUACUUAGAAGCGGAAAGAGAGAGAAAGAGAGGGGAAGAGUGAGUGAAGGAGCAGGAGAGUGGAGAAGCUAUUCGAUUAGUGGAAUAUUUAUAAGGCUUGACUCUAUAAGUUGCGGCUUCUAGGCAUUGACAGAACUUUAGUCUUUAACACAGACACACACACGCACACAUGCAUACAGCUGUGUAUGUCUGUGUGCGUGCGCUUUUAUAACAACCACUAAAGAUCGUAUAAUGUAUAUAAGAUGAUUACUAAACUUAGUAUUUAUAAGUAAUAUAUAUAAUUGUACUUUUAUGAUGUAUGCGUAUCCACUGGCCUUAUUUAUAUUGACAACGUAACAAAAACCGAAAAAACAAGCUGAAUUCUCUAAUACACACACACACUGACACACCCACACACCGACACACACACACACUUAUGCACUUAAUAUAUGAAUUUAUUUGCGUAAAACUUUUGAGCGCACUGAAGAAUUAAUUACAUUGAUUCCAAAUAUAUAUAUAUUUCUAAGGCUUUG